CAGCUCAGAGAUGACAGACAAAACACAAUCAACCGAUUCAAUUAUACGACAACGCAUUACCUUCCCACACAAGCACAGUCCACCAUGAGCUUCCACCUUACCGCUGAGGACAUUGUUAUUGAAGACAACCACAUCCUCAAGGCCCAGCUCCGCAAUGAAGACGAUGAACUUGUCGAAUCAACCAUUGACCUGAAUGAACACCUUGGGAACAACGGCGCUUUCGAAUGGGACGGUGAGAACUUCAGCGAAUCUGCCGAAAACGUCGAGUUUUCCAUCGAGGGUGACGGCGAGGUUCCUGUUCUUCGUGCAUUGCUGGGUACUGGAGACGAUGAACCGGCUGAAGCUGAUAUCAACCUCUCGGAACAUAUUGUGAACGAGAAUGGUCAAUUUGUGUACCAAUAGAGGGCAUGUGGAAUAAAUUUUCUGGUGUGUUCAAUAAUGAGAAGGGACAGAUUGUCAUAUUCUCAAAACCCCGCGUUGGUCGAUAAUCUUCCUCAGUAAAACUGAUG